AUGAAUAGAGCAGCAGGAGUGAUCCCCGCCAACAGGAGGGAUCCCCGCCAACAGGGGGGAUCCCCCGCCAACAGGAGGGAUCCACGCCAACAGGAGGGAUCCCCGCCAACAGGGGGAUCCACGCCAACAGGGGGAUCCACGCCAACAGGAGGGAUCCCCGCCAACAGGGGGAUCCACGCCAACAGGGGGAUCCACGCCAACAGGAGGGACCCCCGCCAACAGGGGAUCCACGCCAACAGGGGGGAUCCCCCGCCAACAGGAGGGAUCCCCGCCAACAGGGGGGAUCCCCCGCCAACAGGAGGGAUCCACGCCAACAGGAGGGAUCCCCGCCAACAGGGCAGAUCCCCCGCCAACAGGAGGGAUCCCCGCCAACAGGGCGGAUCCCCACCAACGCAGUUCCUGUAA